GGCUGAGCAGGACGGGUAACUUUACGUGACGUACCGUUUGUUUUCGUCAGUGAUAAUGGCGGAUGAAAGGCGUAGCAGCGAGGAGCUCUCCGACGACGGAGGACCAGGAGAGAGGGGAGGCUGUGUGAACACUAAGACUGUCUCUUCCAGCAAUGGAGGGGGGGGCGGGGGUGAGGGCCGGGGUGCAGGAAAACGCACUGCCCCAGAGGAGCCCUCCGGCCACCAAGCACCACCCAAAGUUUCCAAGGUGGGAUUUGGGAUGAUGAGUCCGCUCAAUAAGAAGCCUGCCCCAAUCUCCAUCAAGCUGGGAGCCAGUAAGCCUAAAGAGCCUACCCCAGCCGUGCCUGCCAAGAAACCUGCUCUCGCUGCGGUGUUUAAUGAAGAUGAUGAUAGUGAACCUGAGGAGAUGCCCCCUGAGGCCAAGAUGAGAAUGAAAAAUAUCGGCAGAGAGACUCCCACCUCCGCCGGGCCCAAUUCCUUCAACAAGGGGAAACACGGAUUCUCCGACCACCAGAAGCUCUGGGAGAGAAAGCUGAAGUCACAGUCGGAUAAAUAGAGCUGAAGUCAGGGGUAGGACGGGAGAGGAGAGGGGUUUUUAUUAGUCUAGAGUAGAGUCUCAGUGUGUAGAUAGAACUCUUUUCAGUGCUUUGUCCCUUCAGUGUAAAAUUGUAAAUAUGUAAGGAGACAUCCGUGUGCUUUGGAGUGUUGUUUUUGUUUUGUUUUAUAAAAAUAUACUUUUUAUGUGCAAGUGUUGCUCAAAGCUGUGCUGUCGGAAUGAAAUGAUUCACUCAGCGGUAAAAGGUAUUCCCCCCCAGAUUCACUGCCAACAGGAUCAAUUAAAGCAAGAUUUACAAGUACUGUUUACUUUCAAAAUGAACAGAUUUACAGAUCUACAGAUCUAGUUGUCGCCCCCCUGACCCUUUACGUAGAUUUAAAAAAAUCUGGAAUUGAGUCCGAUUGGUUUGUGAACUUCUCCAGUGUAACUCAACCCUGUUGUAAUAAUGUAUUGUAUAAUAAAUGCACAAAACCACCUUGGA